CUCGUCGGCCGCACUCAACCUGUAUCCCAGUCUCCUGCGAGAGGAACGGGAAAUGGAACUCGUAGCCCGUGCAGAGAAUGAUGGAGUCUACCACUCGAGACUCUCCGUUUUCAAAGCAAACUGUUCCGUCUGGAGCGAUCUUGGUGAUGGGGGGAAACUGAUCCGCGUUUUGCGGUAUAUUGUACUGCACUUUAUUGCUGUGGUAGACAGGUAGACGGCCUUUGCAACUGGAACCAAGUAGCCCAAUAUGUCGUUUCCCGAGUUACCGGAGCCCACUAUCAGCACUCGCUGGCCAACGUACGACUCACUGGUGCGGUAGGCAUGACUGUGUGUCACGCGACCAGGGAAUUCAUCAAGACCAGGGAUGGUGGGUGUGAAAGGCUUUGAAUAGUGCCCAACACAAACCAGAACAGAGUCGAAGAUCUCCUGGGCGAUCAUCCCCGUCUCCAGGUCUUUAGUCCGGACCAUCCAACGCACGUCAUCCCGCACGCCGUUCGCAAUUUCGCCGUCCGUCAGCGGACUGCUGCGAGGUCGCGGCUUGAUACUCUCCACCAGAGUAUGUAACGCAAUGUCCCUGUAAAGGUCAAACUUCGUCGCGUACCGUUUCAGGUACUGGAGGACAUCAGCGUGCCCCACGAAGGAAGGCAGGUCUUCUUCGUCGAAGGGAAAGUCUGGGUAAUGCAUCAUCUCCUUCGGCAGAUUGGCUCGCAAGGCCUUGGGGAUACUGCUGUGCACCGGUAGCCCGUACUCAUCUUUGUCAGUGCAGUCAGUGUAGAGCCAAGUGCCGCCUACCUCCUUGGCCCUUUCGAACACAGACACCGAGAACGCGUCCGGGUAGCGCCGGAGGUGGCGAGCGCAGGCGAGUCCUGCUCCGCCAGCUCCUACAACUGCAACCUUCUGCAUCGUCUUCGCCCCGAGCUAUGAUAUUCGCAGUCGAUCGCGCGAUGGGCUGAUUUUGCCAGUCGUUAUGAUAUGAAUAGGGUCAACCCGCGACAUUAGUGGAACCUCUUAUUUAUAUACACGAAGGCGUCAAAAAUUUUGCGCAUGCGCAUAUAUAAACCGACUGUGCUGGGCGGGGAUUUUGAACUUCGACCUCAGAAAGUGGCGGUGUGGUUUGAAGAAGUACAAUGCCCAGGAGGACUAAAAACACUAGGAAGAAGGAGCCAGUCGCUCCAAGCGCCGUCAGCAAGGAGAAGAUAGUCACUAUUGCCGAGGACGCGGCCGUCGACAGUUUCUUGGACGAUUUCAGCGUACAAACUGCAACUAUAAUGAAGCAGGCCCUGAAGCAGUUCGAGAAGGAUGCUAAGCUGGCAAUGAGUGCUCUCCCCCAAAAGACUAGCAUCCCAAGGGAUAUACUAAAGAUGGAACUCUCAGAGUUCAUCAAGAGAGGUGGUUCGUUUCAGGCAGUGUGGGAAUCACUGAAAGAUGAAAAGCAGAAGCCUCCAUCUCUGACUCCAGAACCCGAACUAAAGGAAGUAUCAGAGGAAAAUGCAAUUUCAGAGGAAGCAACAGACUCUUCGAAAGAAAAGAACAUGUUUGUUACUCCUGCCUUGAGUACAAGGAGUCAGAGGUCGAGACGGAGGAUUGAACAAACAACAGCCAAGAGAAAACCAAAGCCCCUGGAAGAGGUCAAGGUGCAGGCAUACUCUAACCUCACCGGCUCUCCAGUUGAUGAGAAGACUCUCAUUCAGCUGCAGGGUGACGAUCUGCUUGGGGAAAUCAGGGACAAGAUCAUGGAGGCCACAGCAAAGUUCCCUCAAAAGUGGAGAUCGAAACUGGUCCAAUCCUUCAGAGAAAUGAAGCACAAUAGGCGCCCACGCGGAUAUUAUCACACGGGCGCUUUUAUUCCCGAGGCGGCGGUUGGGAGCGGACACGGCGCAGGUGCCAUGGCGGCCAUCGAGAGAGAGUUUUUGAACCUGGAGGCCUCGCAGGGAGGAUGGCACGUUCUGUUCCAGCGACUGCAGCAGAUCUCCAGACUCAAUGCUGGGACCCAGUUGGUGGCCAAGACUCCACUCAACAUCAACAGAAACAGAUAUAGAGAUGUUCUGCCCAUUGACGAGACUAGAGUGAAACUACAGGACCAAAACAACGACUACAUCAAUGCCAAUUUCGUAAAGGUGGAAGCCGUUAACAGAACUUACAUCCUCACCCAGGGUCCCCUCCAGCACACGCUGGGACACUUCUGGCAGAUGGUGUGGGAGCAGAAGACUGCUGGGAUCGUCAUGCUCAACAAGUGCAUGGAGCGUGGGAUGAACAAGUGUGCCAAGUACUGGCCGGAUCUGGGGGAGAACCCCAUGAUGUUCAACGAUCUCUAUGUGGUGGAGUCCAUGCGGAGCGAGGAGGCUGAGUCUUACUGCCUCACGUACCUAACUCUGCACAACCUGGACGUGGUCCCUCUGUGGUCUCUACAGACGGAGGAGACAAGAACGGUGCUGCACUUCCACUACCUCCAGUGGCCGGAUUUCGGGGUACCCCAAACUCCGAAUGUGUUCCUGGAGUACCUCCUGGCAGUGCGGGGUUCUGGGGUACUUGACCCCGGAGUAGGGCCGACUCUAGUUCACUGCAGUGCUGGCAUUGGUCGCUCCGGAACAUUCUGUGUGGUGGACGUCUGUCUGGCAAAGCUGGAAGAGACGAGGAACCUAAACUCUCUGAACGUGCAGGAGUUGCUGCUGGACAUGAGAAAGCAGCGUCUUGGUCUGAUCCAGACCCCAGACCAACUCCGCUUCUCAUACAUUGCCAUUCUCCAGGGUGCCUACAACAACCUGGGUCUGAAGAACAGUCUGUUCGAGUUGUCUCAGGAACUGCAGGCAGAAGAAGAGGAGGAGAAGGAGUCUGAAUCUGAAGAAGAUUCUCUCGUCUCUUCGGACGAGAGUGGAAACGAAGAGCAGUCGGGGAAAUGCCCCAAUCUGACUCGGGAGUACGGAGUCCCGUACGACGAGGACGUUCCUCCGCCCAUUCCGCCACGCCCACCCGACACCCUCCCCGCCCCUGGUCCCCCUCCUCCCCCUCCCACCUCACUCCCUCCCGGUCCUCCGGAGGUCCACUACCAUGAUCAGAGAGAACCCUUCCAAUCACUGGACUCCCAGGAAGAAGACGAACCCUACCCCCAGGUCCCUCACGGCUACGAGAACGGAGAGGUGAGUGGCUCGGACAGCGAGAGAAAAGACGAGGAGGUGGAGGAGGAGGAAGAGGAGGAGGCCCCUCCAAUCCCGCCACGAGGGAAAAGCCUGUCGCCGGAAACUAAACCCGGUGUCUCUGGAAUGAAUGCAGCCAGAGAAGAACUCCUGAACGGGAGAAUGAUGACUACGGCGACCGGUCAUUUUUUAGGGCCAGGAAGAGGAGACGCUGUCACUCAGUCUCCUCCUCUUUAUCAUGGCUCCGCCCACCUGCCCGCAAACGUCCGAGGGGGAGGAGGAGGAAACGAAGACGAAGUUCCGCCACAGGUCCCAGCCAAGUUGUCACGGAAACGGGGUCCGGAGGUCGACGAGGCGGCUCUGAUGUCGGAGCUGAACGAGAUCUCUAGUCUCAUUGCUGAUCAGGAGAGACGAAGCAAGACACACCCCACGGCACAGGGAAACCAGCAAAUCUCAACGUCAGAGCUGCGGCGUCGAUCCCAGCGGGAGGAGCGAAGGGAGCGAGUGGCGAGUCGACUCAGCUCCAUGAAGACAAAGGACCGGAGUCACCAGGAGCAGCUGGAGAAGACAGCAGGCGCAGCGACAUCGUCCCACCACCUCUCUGUUCCCUGGCUUGUCCUAGGGUUUGCCGUCAUGGUGGGGUAUUGCGUGUACUUCCUCUACACCCGGUGACAAUUUCAUAUUCAGCACCGUUUAUUAUGAUAUGCACCACCACCAAACCCACAUUUCACCGUUGUAAUUCAUAUCUGCCUGCUUAAUAAUAUUUCUACGUAUAUAUUUGUAAAAAUAAUUAUCAUGUGUGGUUAUUUUGUGUAUGAAGAGCACGUCAAAUCAAUCUGUAUUGAUACUGAAUAAAAAAGAGGAAAAACGACAAGCACGACAAUCAGUUAUGAACAACAGCCUCUCUUUGUUCUU